AUUCGCUGCAACAAGUUCACCAGAAGUCUGCAUAUCCGCGUCGGUCUAUUGUGUCUGCUCUCCGUCCUUCAAUCCUCCUCCAGCGACAUGUUCCUGCAGCGGGCCGCCCGACGCUACUUGUCCGACGGGAGGUCCUCCCUGUCGGCGCUGUCCGCCCUCACGUCAAGACGGCGUCAGCACGGCCACGCGCACCCCUCCGGUGAGCCGGCGGCGCCCUUCCGGCCCGAGACGUCGAGCGCCAAGACACUGAUGGACGUCGGGACGCGACGCAUCUUCAGCGAGGACCACGAUCUCUUCAGGGAGAGCGCACGCCGCUUCUUCCAGGAGGAAGUGGUCCCUCACCACAGCGAAUGGGAGAAGGCGGGCCAGGUGAGCAGGGAGCUGUGGGUGAAGGCCGGGGAGCAAGGGCUUCUGGGAGUUAUGACCCCGGAGGAGCAGGGGGGGAUCGGAGGAGACCUCCUCUCUGCGGCCGUCGUCUGGGAGGAGCAGAUGUACUGUAACUGCACCGGCCCGGGCUUCGCUCUGCACUCGGACAUCGUCAUGCCCUACAUCAGUAACUACGGCAACGCAGAGCAGGUGGAGCGCUUCAUCCCCCCUAUGGCCGCCGGCAAGUGCAUCAGUGCCAUCGCCAUGACGGAGCCCGGGGCCGGCAGCGAUCUCCAGGGAGUUCGGACGCAUGCCAAGAGGGACGGCUCAGACUGGAUCCUGAACGGGAACAAGGUGUUCAUCACCAACGGGUGGAUGUGCGACCUGGUCGUCGUGGUGACGGUGACGGACCGCGAGGCCAAGACGGCGGCCCACGGCAUCAGCCUCUUCCUGGUGGAAGACGGCAUGAAGGGUUUCCAGAAGGGGCGCAAGCUGGACAAGAUCGGCCUCAAGGCCCAGGACACGGCGGAGCUGUUCUUCGAGGACGUGAGGCUGCCGGCCAGCGCCCUGCUGGGGGAGCUGAACAAGGGCUUCUACUACCUGAUGAACGAGCUGCCGCAGGAGCGCCUGCUGAUCGCAGACAUGGCCAUCGCCAGCUGUGAGUUCAUGUUUGAGGAGACCAGGAACUACGUGAUGCAGAGGAAGGCCUUCGGGAAGACCAUCGCCCACCUGCAGACGGUGCAGCACAAGCUGGCGGAGAUGAAGACGGAGAUCUGCGUGGGCCGGGCCUUCCUGGACAGCUGCCUGCAGCUCCACGGCGAGAAGAGGCUGGACUCCUCCACCGCCUCCAUGGCCAAGUGCUGGGCGUCUGACCUCCAGAACAAGGUCGCCACCCAGUGUGUGCAGAUGCACGGAGGCUGGGGGUACAUGAUGGAGUACCCCAUCGCCAAGGCCUUCGUGGACUCCCGGGUGCAGCCCAUCUACGGGGGCACCAACGAGAUCAUGAAGGAGCUGAUCGCCCGCACCAUCGUCAGCACCAAGUGAGGAAGACCAAGGGGCUCUUCCUCAGGGUGGUCUUCAGACGGGUGCUCCUCUUCCUCAUGGUGGUCAUCUGACGGGUGCCCCUCUUCCUCAGGGUGGGGGUCCCCAGACUGGGGGGGGCCGUUUGCUCUGUUAGGUCCACUUUUAGAUGCGUGCACGUGUAAAGAUUCUGGGCUGUAGUAAGUACUGGAGCGAUGUGGAGAGAUAAGGUGUGUGUGUGUGUGUGUGUGUGUGUGUGUGUGUGUGUGUGUGUGUGUGUGUGUGUGUGUGUGUGUGUGUGUGUGUGUGUGUGUGUGUGUGUGUGUGUGUGUGUAAACAAAAGUGAAUCAAAUCGAAGAGCGAGUGCACCAAGGUACAAUCUGAUUUUUUGGCCCCAGGGUCGUUGCCGUUGGUUACCAAGAACUCAAAGCCAGCUGGCCCCGUGGGUGGAGCCAACAGACAGGGGGUAACCUUAUAUGAUCUAAUGUAGAAAUUAAACUUGAUUGCCGGGGUGUAAUUCUACCAAGUGUCCUUAGAACACUCAUUGCAGUUCAAAUCCAUUCAGAUUCACACAAUCAUGAUGCCAAUGAAUGAAUGAUUAUGAAUGUUUAACCGCCACAUUGAGUUCAAAUCAUUAUCUCAGUCUUUUAAUUACGUAGACUGGUUUGCGUUUGUUGUUACUACUUUCUAAGCACUUAUGACGGCAGUUUAUCGCCUGACAUUAUCAAAUGCCCUCGCGUCAACGGAGCACUAAAACAAAGAGCCAAUUUAAUAAAUGUUAACAAAUCACAUUAGCUUAUGUGACGUUUCAACUUUAAAAUGUAUUGUCUACUGUGAGAACUUGAUAAUUUGUCCAAUUAAAAAAAAACACACUGGUUGGUA